AUGUCGUCCUUUGCCUUCGGAUUUGGAGGAGAUGAUAUUGAAGCCGACGAAAAUGACCUUCAAACACCCGGGGAAGGGAGCAGUAUAGAUACGGCGGAGGGCGAGGUCCAGCCGUCGGUGCCACCCAAAUCUCAUGAUAUCAGGGAGCUUGUAGAAGAUGUGGGAGACUCCAAUGCGCCGCUCGAAGGGCUCGACAACUCGGACCUCACCACAAAUGUCUACGAAGGCGGUUUCAAGAGCUGGGAAUGUUCAAUAGAUCUCGUCAAGUAUUUACUAGACCGAGGACCUAGGAAAGAUCUGGACGAUUUAUGCCGUGUGAAUCACAUCAUUGAGUUCGGCUGUGGCACGGCACUCCCGACCCUUCUUAUGUUCCAGUACGCUCUUGUGAACUCAUUACAGAUGUACUUCACCCUGACCGACUAUAACGCCUCCGUCCUCCGCACCUGUUCUUUUCCAAACCUAUUCCUCACAUACUGCUCCACUCUCCCUGCAACGGAACACCCGUUCUCGGAGAGUGAGCCGAAUCCCCUAGCAAACCUCAACGAUGCAGAUCCAGAUGAAGAGUGGCAGACGGAAGACCUCAUCGUUACCGAGGCCCUGAAGGAAAUGUUCCUAGCGAACCUAUCGGAAUCGGGAGUUCACUUGACACUUAUAUCGGGAUCUUGGUGUCCUCCAUCACCUUUCCUGUCUCUUUUCCCUACUAACGGCGCAUCCGCCAAGUUAAACACAUUCGUAGUCGCGUCAGAGACGAUCUACUCCAUCCCAUCUCUAAAAACCUUUUCUGCAGUCCUGAUGGAUACCCUGCGCCCAGUAUCAAUGGGCAAAGCAAUCAUUGCUGCAAAGAAGGUCUAUUUUGGAGUCGGAGGCGGAGUGCAGGAGUUUCGACAGGAGAUCGGCCACGGCGGUGGAGUCGCUUGGGAAAUUGUCGACUUUGAUCUUGGACAAGAUGCUGGCGGAGUCGGAAGGUGUCUACUGGAAGUUCAGACAUCGUUUUAG